AUGGCGACGGCCAAAAUGGCCAAACUUGUGGCUUCAAAACCACAGUCCACAAACCGAUGGAGAGACCUCAGCGAGGGCCCGAACCCAGUGGGCGCUCUCCCACAGGCUCAGAGGGCUCAUGACUGUCCACGCAUGAUUGGUCAGUUGUGUCACUGCUGUAACUUUGUGCUCUUUGUGCUCUUUGUGUUCUUGCGUAACGACACCGACUCGCCUGCUCGCUGCUUUUAUUGUGGAGGUGUUGUGUUUACACUUCCUGUCCGUCUCUACCUGCAGCUGAGCGGUUGCAUCAUCCUCGGCGUCUCCAUCUACCUGAAGGUCCACAAGGACGGAAACCUGAUCACCGAUGAAGCGAUCCCCGGCAUCGACCUGAUGAUCGCCAUCGGGGUGAUCAUCAUGUUGCUCGGCUUCCUGGGCUGCUGUGGAGCCAUCAGGGAGAACCGCUGCCUGCUGCUGAUAUUCUUCGUCAGCCUCCUCGUCAUCUUCGUCCUCCUGCUGGCGCUCGGCAUCCUGGGAGCCGUGGAGGAGAAGAAGGUGAAGGACUGGGUGAAGGACCGCCUCACCAAGUUCACCCCACUGUCCUCACAAGGAGUGGAAGUGAGCAACGACCUGGAGAAGCUGCAGGCGGAGCUCAAGUGUUGCGGCCUCGUGAACGGACCGUCGGACUGGGACAAAGUUCCCGACUCGUGCCGCUGCAACGCCACCGAGCCGAACUGCACUUCCUCCGUCUACUCCACGCCCUGCUCCACCCAAAUCAUCAAUUUGAUGGAGAAACACAUGAAGGUGGUGCUGGGAAUCGCCUUCUCCAUCGCCAUCCUGCUGAUUUUCGGGAUGGUCUUGUCCAUGAUUCUCUACUGCCAGAUUAGCCGGAAGGACACCGCCUCUACUGCCUGAACACCCACAAAUGGCCCCGCCCCCUUCCCGUCGCUGCCUGACACACCGGCCAAUCAGCAGUGCCCAAUCACCUACGUACCACGUAACCUCAGUUCUGCUGUGUUUUUACUGUGGAUGAUGUUUUGGUGACAUUAUAUGCUAUUAAUACACAGCCUGGUGUGUAAUUUAUGGAGUCCUAAUAGUGACAAAGUUAUAUUAAUAUCUUUCAGCAUCUAAUAUUGUGUAAAAUCAUCCAUCAAGAUAGUAAAUUUAUUUAUAAUUAAAUGAAUGAAUUAAAUGAAAUUAGAAAAGUAGAAUUCCCAAAAUAUCGGUUUGUGAUUUUUAGCUUUACCGAUUCUUUUUUAUAAUUUUUUUAAAACUCUGAAGUAAAAACUUAGCUAUAUAACAAGUUAAACAAUAGUUAUUGUUUCUGUUCACACUGUGGCCUCAAAGAACAUUUAGAAAAAUGAUUGUCAAAAACUAUUUGUGAUGUCUGGUGUUUAUUAAGUAUGGAUGCCCAUUAUUAAAAGACAAAUAGGGUUAUAUAUGAUUACAAAUAUAACAUUGCCAUUACUAUCCCACAUGAAUGAUUCAGUUUUAGCCAAACUUUGUAAUAAAUCACAUUUGUUUUUCUAUUUUCUGUUUAUUAAUUGUCCUGUGGUUACAUGAAAUAUGCCUGAAAUCAAAUUUAUUGUUAUAAUGAAAAUGAAGGAUGUAUAUUUUCAUUUUAUUUGGAUGCAGGAAGAAAUAUAACAUAUAAUGCUGUCUGUCGCAA